CAUCUUACACACUCGCUUUACACCCCUAAAUAUAUGUCACAACUCUACACCUAUAAUUCACAAACACACAAAGAUAUUCUCAGCCACAUCUGGUUGUAAACCUUUGAAAUCAUUGUUGACUAAUUGGAGAGAAAGGAAUGGACAGAGUAAUUGAAAAGACUUACACUGGCUUCCUGGCCCCUGGUCUGUGAAACUUUCCUUUUGCAGAGGAGGGAUUCACUCAUUCAUGGAAGGAUAAUUGAAGCUAAUCUUCCUGCUUAUAAUAUCUGUGACCUGUUGCUUGAGGGACACUGACAUUGACAAGAGACUUGCAUAUUGAGGAACAAGGAACUGGUGAAAAAUAUCGCUUUUUUUCUUUUUCUUUUUUUUUGGUGCGCCUUGGACAUUGAGAGCUGUGGGAAGGACAACUUGCAAUUUUUUUUUUUUUGCAGGCCCAUUAAGAUAAACUAUUAUCUCCACUGUUGUUUGUCACUCACUGUUUGCAAGAGAGAAUAUUUAAGUCAUGAGUACAGCCAGAAUGGAGAAUCCAGUGAUUCUGGGACUGUCGAAUCAAAAUGGCCAAAUGCGAGGCUCGGUGAAGCCAGCAGGUGGUCCAGGAGGAGGUGGAGGGGGGUCCCAAACAACGCAGCCAGCCCAGGUCAAACCCUCCAGCACAGUCAACAACGGCAACUCCCAGCCUGCACCCACAGCCAACACUAUCAUCAAGCCUGGGGAUGACUGGAAGAAGAAUCUAAAGCUUCCUCCGAAGGAUUUGCGCAUGAGAACUUCAGAUGUGACGGCGACCAAGGGAAACGAGUUUGAGGAUUACUGCCUGAAACGGGAACUGCUUAUGGGCAUCUUUGAAAUGGGCUGGGAGAAACCAUCACCUAUACAGGUAAAAGGCAGGGGAAAAUAUGGAACGUUGGUUAUUGUGCCCACUAGAGAACUGGCUCUACAAGUGAGCCAGAUAUGCAUUCAGGUCAGCAAACACAUGGGCGGGGUCAAGGUCAUGGCAACUACAGGUGGAACCAACCUCCGUGAUGACAUCUUGAGACUUGACGAAACAGUGCACGUUGUCAUUGCCACUCCAGGAAGAAUUUUAGACCUCAUCAAAAAGGGAGUGGCCAAAGUCAAUCAAGUACAGAUGAUUGUGUUGGAUGAGGCAGAUAAGCUCCUGUCACAGGACUUCGUGCAGAUGAUGGAGGAGCUUCUGAGCUAUUUGCACAAACAAAGGCAAAUUUUGCUGUACUCUGCCACCUUCCCACUGAGUGUGCAGAAGUUCAUGAACGCCCAUCUGCAGAAGCCCUAUGAGAUAAACCUGAUGGAGGAGCUGACCCUGAAGGGGGUUACUCAGUAUUACGCCUAUGUAACUGAAAGGCAGAAAGUCCAUUGCCUUAAUACUCUGUUCUCCAGGCUCCAGAUCAAUCAGUCAAUAAUCUUCUGCAAUUCAUCACAGCGAGUGGAGCUCCUGGCAAAGAAGAUCUCUCAGCUUGGAUACUCCUGUUUCUACAUUCACGCCAAGAUGAGACAGGAACACCGAAACCGUGUGUUCCAUGAUUUCAGAAAUGGCUUAUGUCGAAAUCUCGUCUGCACUGAUCUCUUCACAAGAGGAAUUGAUAUACAAGCUGUGAAUGUGGUGAUCAACUUUGAUUUCCCCAAACUUGGGGAGACGUACCUCCAUCGCAUUGGCAGAUCUGGCCGAUUUGGACACUUGGGUCUCGCCAUUAACUUGAUCACUUAUGAUGACCGCUUUAACCUGAAAGGUAUUGAAGAACAGCUGGGUACUGAAAUCAAGCCCAUUCCCAGCAGUAUUGAUAAGAGUCUAUAUGUGGCCGAGUACCACAGUGAGAGUGGAGAGGAGGUUAAACUGUGAGCAGGAGAGAUCACCAAUCCUUUGUCCCCUAUCCCAACCUUUUUUCCUUCCCUACUGUGUCUAGGGAAUAGGGGAUUUUUUUUGUUUAAACUAUAUAUCUUCCGUCUGUCUUCCUUUUCCCCCCACUUUUUUUUUUCCUUGCUUGUUUGGUGCCACCACAAGGAAUGUGAUGUUGCGACGGCCCAAUAAUCGGGAUGGACUCAUGGCCUAAUAAAGGACUGCUGCACCGAUAUUUUCAUCCUGAAGACUUAAAAUCAUUUGAGGAGGGAAAGAGGGGACAUGAGGAUUUAUCACCCAAGAAAAAAAUGACUACUCAUCGCCUGCAAGCACAUUCUCAACCCACUCUCUCUCUGUUCCUCUGCUCAUCUUCAUGUUUCUAGUCAUUUGAAACAAGUGCCUUAACAAGCAGUCUAACUUGUUCAAAAAGUAAUAACCUGAUGAUUUUUUUAUUUUUUUUCUCCCCUCAUAACUCAUUCGAAGACAUAGUCUUGAUCUUUCUCUGGCUUUUGGCAUUGCUUGUCUGCCCCCUCCCGUUUGACAUCAGAAGAAUAAUUUUGCAUUUGCCACCUGUAGAUUUUUGGGGCGAUGAAGAACAGGAUUUCACAGCGGGAGAGAGGAUGGGGUGGCAUGUGCGAUUUGUGCAGUCUCUGGCGUACUUGACUAUAGUGUGAAGAGAAGCCCCCUGGAGAACUGAGAUUAUAUCAGUGGGCAUAAUGACAAUGAUGGGACUAAUGUUCCUGUGGCAAGCUUUCAAAAGUCCCACAAGGCUCCCAAUGGCUUUUUCCUUCAUCUGCUCAUGGAACAUACCAUGCCUCUAGAGACCCAUAACUCUUUCCCACUCUGUCUUCAGUGGGCCAACACUAAGAGACUUGACCAGACUCAGACCAGCCUUUCUCCUUGGCCAUGAGGACUCCUGCUUUGAGACGAAUGUGGACUUUGUCUUUUUUUUUCUUCUUCGUCUUUUUCUUUCCCUUCCCCUUUCCACCUGAUUUCAGUGCAGUUUUGCAUUGUUAUUGGGUAGGCACUCUGUCCUAAAUGUGCCAUUUAUACAGAUCUGGCACAUUGUAAACAUUUUGUAAAUACUUCAUUUAUUUUUUUAAUGGAUUGUUUUAAAACAAGCUAAAAAGGCUGGAUGACCAUUUGAGGAGAGUGUUAAAGAUCUUUUAAAAAUCAGGAUUCUGUCAGCACUGGGCAGCACUUAUUUAGUUUAUGCCCUUUUCCCCCCCAAUGGGAAAUAAGUUUAGCAGAGUUUAAACCUUUCCAUGCAGUGCACCACCCUUGUUUUGUUAUAUAAAAAUUGGUCGUUUUUCUUUUUUUUUUUUUUUUUAAAUCUAAACAAUACUUUGUUCAAAGUUUUGAGUGCAAGUUUCUAAGCGUUUCAGCAGGUGGUACAGUUGUUCAGAUUUGCACUACUUCACUCUAAAUUAUUAACUCUCAUCCAUUACCCAGUGUUGACAAAAGUUCCUGACAUGGGUUGCUCAAAUAAAUGGCCUCAUUUAAAGGUUGUGAAAACAUGAGGCUUAUUUCCUUUCCAGCCUUUUGCUUGUAACACUGACUUAUGAGGCACUCAGCAGAGUCCCCUAACCCGGGUGACUCUAAACAUAAGAGGUAAUUUAAUAUUAUCGUCAUGUAAUAGUGCUACUCGCUGCAGUGCAGCUCAAAUUGGCAACGUGCAAAAAUGUUGAAUUUAUAAGCGAGAUGUGUAGCUGUUACAUGGGUAUGUGUUUUUCUGCCACUGGCACUAGGACAUGACUUUAAACAGACCGUUUAGGGGUGGGAGGAUUCAAAAAGGCUUGGAUGUUCACAUUGGAAAAAGGAAAAAUGGACAAAAAAAA